AUUAGUUUGGUUUAGUAGUCUCUCAAUUGAAAAAAAACUAUGAAUUUUUUGAUUGCUUUAGCUUUAUUGUCAUCGGUAGCCCUGUGCCAGGCCGUCGUUGGUUUGGGUGGUCUAGGCUUUUAUGGUGGACUCGGCGGUGGCUAUUAUGGCGGUCUCGGACUCAGUAGCGGUUACGGCAAAGUCUAUGGUGGUUACGGCUAUCCGUCCUAUGGAGGAGGACUAGGCUAUGGGUUAGGCUAUGGAAAGUCAUACGGAGUUGGUUUAAGCGGUUUGGGCUAUGGUUUAGGCUAUGGAAAGUCAUACGGAGUUGGUUUAAGCGGUUUGGGCUAUGGUUUAGGCUAUGGAAAAUCAUACGGAGUUGGUUUGGGCGGUUUGGGCUAUGGCGGCUUGGGUUACAGUAGUUUGGGCUAUGGUAGCGGACUCGGAAAGUCAUACUAUGGCGGCUAUGGUCUAGGCUAUGGUAAAUCAUACGGAGUCGGUUUGGGUGGUCUCGGCUAUGGCUUGGGCUACGGAAAAUCAUACGGAGUUGGUUUGGGCUAUGGCUCAGGUCUGAGCUAUGGUAGCGGACUCGGAAAGGCAUACUAUGGCGGCUAUCCGUCCUAUGGUGGCUAUUAUGGUGGCUAUUAUUAA